UACCGCAUCAGUUCAGACUGAUAUCGACGGAACAGGACACCGGGGCACUGCCACGACGCAGUGCCAGAAUCGCAGUUCGUGCCCGCCCUGCAAUACCUCCAAGACCGAAGAAACUCAGCAGACGGACGACUCCAGCAGCAUCAAGUACGGCAUUGACGGUACAAGACGCCACCGGAGAUCAUCCCGCAUACCCAGUCCGAGGAGCCAAUGAGCCAGCGGCUGAUUAUCGUGGGCGGCUACURGCAUUUWYRGARGYCGUAGCUGCCGUCGAGGCCCGGAAGGAGACAGCAAAGGCAGAACGUCAGCGGCUAGCCAAUGAAGCGGCAGCCGAAGCUCAGCGAACGACUGAGACUGACGCAGCGACACGAGACAGACGGAAUGCCAGCAGCACGGAGUCCUUGAUUGCUUGUGAGCAUCAGUGGACRACGAUACUCCAAGACAUGAUCUUUGUGCCUACAGAAGUGCAGGCAGACCCGACACCGGCGGAGGCAGAGAGAAGUAACCUGGCUAACUUGCUGUUGGGCAUGAUGAGAGGUAUUAUGCGGAAUAAUACACUGCUGCAGUCACAUCUGCGCACGGACGCGACGCAGUGACAAACAUACAAGAAUGAUAUCACUACGUUAACAACUGCUAUCCGCACAGAGGCAAUACAGCAGCAGCAACAGCAUCAACUGUUGAAUUCCACUAUCACACGCGUCAACAGCAUAGAGGCUAACACCUCAGCAGCGCCAGGCUGCACGACAGACGUGACGAAGCAACUCAACGAGCGCAUCGAUCACGUCGUCACCAUCAUCGACGACAUAAGUACUUU